AUGGCAGCGCCCCUCGACGUAGCGGCCAUCCGAGGCCAAUUCCCGGCCCUGGCCCAGGACCAGGUCUUUAUGGACAACGCUGGUGGCGCCCAGGUGCUCCAGACGGUCAUCACGUCCAUCUCGGAUUACUUGUCCAGGAAUAACGUGCAGCUGGGCGCGUCGUACCCGGUGUCGCAAAUAUCCACGACCAAGUUCGACGAGGGCCUCGCCGCGGGCGCCAAGUACAUCAACGCGUCGCCCAAGGAGGUGGUGUUUGGCCCCUCGACGACGCAGCUGCUCCGCAACCUCUCGGUCGCCUUGAAGGUCGAGCCGGGCGCCGAGUUUGUCCUGUCGAGCCUCGACCACGAGGCUAACCUGGCGCCCUGGGUGCAGUUGGCCGAGUGGAAAGGGUUGACGGUCAAGUGGUGGAUUCCUACCAAGAACACCGACUCUAAUCCUAAGCUGGAGCCUGAGGACCUGAAGAAGUUGCUCACCGACAAGACCCGGCUGGUCUGCUGCACGCACACCUCGAAUAUCCUGGGCACCGUGACCGACGUGGCCGCGCUGUCCAAGGUCAUCCAUGACACCAACCCCAACACGCUGUUCUGUGUCGAUGCCGUGGCGUACGCACCGCACGCCCCGGUCGACGUCAAGGCGUUCGGCGUCGACUUCUACUCCUUCUCCUGGUACAAGGUGUAUGGGCCGCACGUCUCUAUGCUGUACGUCAGCGAGAAGGCACAGAAACAGAUCCAGAGUCUGGGACACUAUUUCAAGCGUGGCGACACGCUGGAGGAGAUGCUGGGUCUGGCUGCCGGGAAUUACGAGUGCAUCCAGGCGGUGCCUCUGAUAGCCAAAUAUAUCGACACAGUGGGCUGGGGCGCCAUCACCGCACAGGAAGAGAAGAUCCAGGAGAUCUUGCUGGCAUAUCUGCGGUCGAAGCCCGACCAAAUCAAGAUCUAUGGCGAGCCGUCCUCGGACAGAAAGCUGCGGGUGCCGGUCAUCAGUUUCAGGGUCAAGGGUCAGAGCUCGUUGGGGAUUAUUGAUGCCAUUGAGGCGAGGUCGAACUUCGGCUGCCGCAGUGGUCACUUUUACAGUAAGCGACUCUGCGACAACGUGCUGCGCAUCCCAGACAGCGAUGACGGGGUGGUCAGAUGCUCAUUGCUGCACUAUAACACGGUCGAGGAAGUUGAAGGUCUGGUCAAAGUCCUGGACGAAGUCAUCAAGGAAGGAGCAGGGAAGCACGUCGAGGACCCGGAGAGGAAGAAUGUCGCGAAUUGGUAA